UUCGAUUUUCGUACUUGUCUGAAGUGAUUUUCAUAUCAGUUUUUAUGUUGAUUGCGGUCGGCUCUUCUGUUGUCUGAAUUAAUUCUCAUAUCAGUUUUUACGCUAAAUUCGUGUAAUCUGUUUAUGUUAGAAUUGAGUGUUGACUUGGGUUUUGGCUUUCUGAAUCAGGUUCAAAAAGGUUAAGGUUUUGUGGGGGUUUUGAUUCUGUCUUUUUGAAUGGAAGCUAAUAUGACGGCAGUUGUUCGGAGAAUGGCUGCUUUUGCAUUUGCUUCUGCCUCAGGUCUGCUUCAGACUCAUCCCCUAGGGAGAGGUACUCUGAACAACUUCUUGCACUGUUCCUCUGUCUUAAGUUGUCGGAUAUCGGCUUUUUCCGAUGUUAGAGACCGCAAUAUGUCAUACAGAGGUAGAUUGAGAUGUCGGGUUCAUGAUUGUCAUGCCGAGGAUGCUGUUGAUUUGUUCGAUCAGAUGGUUCAGUCUCGUCCCUUACCUUCCAUCGUCGAUUUCACUAAACUAUUGAGAGUAAUCAUGAAGAUGAAACGGUAUGAUGUUGUCAUUUCCCUCUGCAAGAAAAUGGAAUUGCUUGGGGUUUCACAUGAUAUCUACUCUUUGAACAUUCUACUCAACUGUUUCUCCCACUCCCGUCAAGUGUUUUUGGGUUUAUCUGUCGUGGGCAAAAUCUUGAAACUCGGUUACGAGCCGAAUGUAGUCACCUACACUACCCUAGCUCAUGGUUUCUGUAUCCACGGAAAGAUUUCAGCGGCCUUAAGCUUGGUUGACCAAAUGGUAGAAGAGGGAUACAAACCUGAUGUCGUAACAUUUAGUACUUUGAUCAACGGAUUUUGCCUUGAAGGUAGAGUCUCUGAAGCAUUGAGUUUACUUGAUCAGAUGCAAAAGAUGGACUGUCAGCCCGAUGUAGUUACAUUUGGCAUUGUUAUAAACGGGGCCUGUAAGGCAAGAGAUCAUGCGUUGGCCAUGAAUCUACUCGAGAAGAUGGAAGAAAUGCAUAUUGAGAUCAAUAUCGUAAUUUAUAAUACGAUCAUCGACUAUCUUUGCAAAGCCGGACACAUGGAGGGUGCACUGAACCUUUUCGGAAAGAUGAGUAGUUGUGGGAUUGUACCAAAUGUAGUAACUUUUAGUUCUAUGAUAAAUGGUUACUGCAAGGCUAAUAGGGUCGAUGAGGGUCUUAAUCUCUUUUAUGAGAUGUCUCGAAGAGGAUUGGUUGCUAAUGCGAUUACUUACAGCACCCUCAUCCAAGGGUUUUACAGAGUAGGCAACCUUGGUGCUGCCCAAAAUGUUUUUAUGGAGAUGCAAUAUAAGGGUCAUCGUCAUGAUCUUGUGACUUAUAACAUUGUGCUUGAUGGACUCUGUAAGAAUGGAAAAACGGACAUGGCACUUUGCCUAUAUAAUAAGUUGGAUAAGAGUGGGAUUGACCUCGAUAUACCUCUCCAUAGUUGCAUGAUGCAUGGUUUGUGCAAGGUUGGGAGGGUUGACGAAGCGUUGAUAUUAUUUAAUAAGCUUCUUGACAGAGGGGUGAAGCCGAAUGUUAUCAUGUAUAACAUAAUGAUCUCCGGUCUUUGCGGGAAAGAUUCACUCUAUGAAGCCGAGAAGGUAAUUGGGAAGAUGAAAGAGACUGGUUGUUUUCCCGACGAUGGUACGUAUAACGCAUUGAUCAGGGGUCGUCUUAGAAGUCGCUUUCCAUCGAUGGUUAUCGAGCUGAUACGAGAAAUGCAGAGCAAUGGCUUUUCUAUGCAUGCAUCGACCUCAAAUAUGAUAAUGGAUAUGAUAUAUGGAGGUAUAUUGGAUAAGGGGGUUUUGGAUCUCCUCUCUUAGUAGAUGCAAGUACUAAACGGCUGAUGAGAAGAGCCAACAUCGCAUGGUUGUAUGUUUGAUGAGAAGAGCCAGAAACUUCAAGCUAUCCAGCAGUGGCAAUCCCCCUGGAAAACAUGGGUCGACCGACACAGGCCUUGAAACAUAUUUGACAUCUGCAGAGAGAGUGUCUCAAGCCCUGAAACCGAACAUGGACUACAAGGUGGUAAGAGAAUUCGAGACAGUCUCGCUUCAUUUGACAUAUGCAGUUUCUAAUCCACUUUGUUGGAAAAUGUGUUACAAACAGAAUGAAAAUGUCUCUUUCAAACGCAGAAACCAAGAGAAUCGAAACAGAGGAAUAGUGUUUGGGUUUCAAUGUAUAGUUCAGAACAUCCUCUCGUUUUUUCCCCCAUCAAAGACGCAAUCAAAUCGAGCCUCGUCUCAGAAAGCUUCAGAAACUCAUGGCUCUUCGGUCGGACAUCACGGCGAACUUCAAAAAACGAUACAGGGCUCGAGGGCAUGGAGCAGAGGCAGCAGCAAAUGAUGUAUUGAGGAAUCAAUCUGAUAUACGGUGUUUGUUUAGCAAUGGGCGUUCAAUGGAAGCGGAGGCUGAAGCAAGAAGGGGCUGUCGAGAAUCAGAAUACGGCUUCUCCUGAUGGACAGUUACUGAGAUAUCAGCCUCCAAGACCGAGAAGAAGCAAAAUGGAUGGGACAGAGCCAAACGUAUGGACAAGCUGAUCGAACAGGCAAGAGCCAUGAUCCUUGGGUGUUCCAAGUGUUUUGGUGUAAGAACACUGUUGCCCCUGGAGCUUCGAUCCACUCUGAAGCAUGAUUUCAGAUGCCUUUUCAUGACAAAUCAUUCCCCUCUUGUUGGAAAAAAAAUCAAAGGUGAGAAAGCCUGUGGUUUGUGUCUCAUUUGUUACAAGAAGAAGAAUUGCGCCUGUGGUGCGCCGAAAGAGGUUUUUGUUGGCCCGUGACCUGAUCGUCUUUGGAUUUGCGAUUAAGCAUGAUUCUCGGCUUUUAUGGGUUCAAAUAAAUGUAGCAUUGGGUACAAAUUUGUUCAUACACUUGGGCGGUUGACACGUGGCGUUGUAUGCAAAGCAUAUUAUCGCAGAACUAGCAGCGAUACAGCUUUAGUUCCACUCUUUCUCUACAUAUAUACCGACCCACCGUUUCAUUAUAGGUUUUAUGCAAAGGGAUAACACUUCCUCUUCUUACAUGAUUA